UCCACGCCCACAGCAUAGUCAUUGAAGAUGCUGAGAGGUCACGUCUAUGUAUCAACAACCUUGUCGUUAGGAGCAACUCCUUACUGAGGGACAUUCAGCUCUCGUUCAAGCAUGCGAUGAAGCUGAAUGAAGUCACUGGUCUAACAUUCUGGCAGCUACUACGACUCAUCGACGGAAGCUCAGCGAACUACCGUUCAAGCGCAUCUCAUGACGUGGAGACGGCCACAGUACCUAAGUCGGACCACGCCCACAAUGGGGAGGUGGCCUUCUGUGAUGAUAGGAUUCUUGGUUGGGAAAUAAUGAUGGAUAUGGCUGGGGAAUCUAGAGGCUUGUCACUCUGGCGCUACCUCACAGAGGACUGGGCGGAGGAAAGGCUGGAGACCAUUGCUCCUUCUCCAGUGCCGAGGCUGCCUAUUGUGAUGGCUGGCUCAGCCUAUACGGGAACUAAUG